UGUUAUAUACUAUUUUUAAAAAAUGUUACACACCAUGCUCAAAAAUGUUACUUACAAGUUCUAAAAUUGUUACAUGCCAUGUUCACAACAUGUUACAUGCCGUCUGCUUUAUAAAUGCAUGGUGUGUAACAACUCUGGGUAAUGUUUCUAAUCCAUGUUCUAAUUUACACAAAAAGUUUCAAAAAUUUAUGUGUUACAAUAAUAAACCCAAUAACAUACUUUGAUGUCAUCUCUGCUAUAGGGUUUGUUUAUCGAUGACAAUAUGGCUAGAUACCGAGAGAUAGAUUACAGCACGAUGACGAUGGUGCUCAACAAAGAGUUGAUUGAGCUCAUACAGUUCAGAGAGUUGAGAGAGCUAAUGACUAUGGUGCUUAAUAAAGAGUUGACAAAGUUGAUAUAGUUCAGAAAGCUGAGAGAGAAAGAUGAGCGAGCUCAAAUAGCUGAGUUUUCAUUUCUAUUUUUUCUUUGACGGGAGGGAGAUAUCAUAAGCUUAAUUUGCCACUAUAUUUUUAAGGGCAUUUUCGUUGACUCAUGUUUCUUUUUGACUAAAAACAGAUAACUUUAUAUAGGUGAUUAUUUCUAAAAUUAGUUACAUAAGGUUUAUUUCUCACAAUUUCCUCUUGUUUAUACUCUUAAUACUUUUAUUUUGAAUAAGAAGUAUGUUUGAUUGGAUGGGUCCUACACUGAGUAUUCAUCUCUAGGUCUAUAGGCCCAAUUUGAAAGCCCAUGUUCUUUGGAACCCAAAAUAUUAGUGGAUCUCACCCUACCCAGACGCAUCAACCGUUUGGAAUUGGAAGCUGUUGUGCCAGCUUUUCUUUCCAGCCUUGCUUUCUCCUUCUGCUCCAGCUUUUCGGCCUCCCCUGCGUCUUAGGGAGCUCCGUAGUCACAGUCUCUUCAAGAAUCCCCUCACCAAGUAGAAUUCGCUUGGCUUUUCUACAAACAAGUCAGAACAAUGUCUCUACACGACCAAUACGACACCGGAAAAGAAAAAGAAAAAGAAGAAGAGGAGGUAGAUGAAGAAGAAGAAGAAGAAGAAGAGCUCUCCGUCAGCGAAAACGACGACAGUUUUGACGAGGACAUGGAAGCCCUAAAACAAGCCUGCCUCCGCACCGGCGCCGACCUUAACGAUCUCCAAAUCGCCGCUUCCGACAAUGACCGACCCUCCACUUCGGACGCCGCCGUCUCCUCGGCUGCUUUGGCGUAUUCCGGCAGCGAGGAUGAUAUGGAAAUUUUCCGGAGUAUACGGAGUCGUUUUGCGCUUUCGGUGGACGUUUGUGAGCCUCUGUCUAUUCAGCCUCCCUGCUUUCUUCCUCCAAUUUCUUCUGAUGACGAUGCUGAAGAUGAUUUCGAGACUCUUCGCAUUAUCCAGAGGCGGUUUCGGGCUUAUUCUAGCAAUGACACUCGGGGAAUCAGCACAGAGGAUCACAUAGAGAAAACAGAGCCCAUUUAUACGACUAGCAUGCCCUUACAGGAUGCAACAAGCAAUGAUAUUUGUGAAAGAUUUCAAGAUUAUGAGAAGGCUGGCAACAUCUCCCAUUUUUCAAGUGACAAUGUGGAGAUGCAGCCUGUUGGUUUAGUUCAGUGGGACCACUCACAUGCCAACGAAUUGUCUACACUGGCGGACAACUCGUCGAGGUUUCCAAAGUCUGCACAGCAGCUCAUUGAUGCUAUUAAAAAGAACAGGUCUUAUCAGAAGUUUCUUCGAAGUAAGUUGACUCAGAUUGAAUCAAAAAUUGAGGAGAACAAGAAAUUGAAGGAACGCGUUAAAAUUCUUAAAGACUUUCAGGUUUCUUGCAAAAAAAUAACAGGACGAUCAUUAUCGAUAAACAAGGAUCCUCGUAUACAAUUAAUUUCAGCAAGAAAAUCACGGACUUCUAAGGAUCCUGAGGUUAAUGAUAAAAAUGUCUCUGCUGAUUAUGGUCCACCAGAGAACUCUAGUGUCACUAAUUACAGAAUGGCUUUAACAAAAUUUCCUCUUGCACUUCAGAGGAAAAAAUGGUCCAGGGGAGAAAGAGAAAAUCUUGUAAAGGGAAUACGGCAACAAUUUCAAGAGAGUGCGCUUCAAGUUUCAGUGGAUUGGUUCAGUGGUGCAGAUGGGUCAUCUGGAGAUGGGAGUAAUUUGGAUGACAUUAUAGCAACAGUCAAAGAUCUUGAAAUCACCCCUGAGAGGAUUAGGGAAUUUCUUCCUAAAGUGAAUUGGGAUCAGUUAGCUUCCAUGUAUGUCAAGGGUCGUUCUGGUGCAGAAUGUGAAACGCGCUGGUUGAACCAUGAAGAUCCCCUCAUCAAUUGCAAUCCAUGGACUGCUGAAGAAGAUAAGAAUCUUUUGUUUAUUGUUCAAGAAAAGGGGAUUAGUAACUGGUUUGACAUUGCGGUAUCGUUAAGAUCGAACAGGACCCCUUUUCAAUGCCUGGCACGUUAUCAGAGGAGUUUGAAUGCGUGCAUACUAAAAGGGGACUGGACUGAGGAGGAGGAUGAUCAACUUCGUAUUGCUGUUGAAGUUUUUGGUGAAUGUGAUUGGCAGUCUGUUGCUUCUACUUUGAAAGGACGGACUGGCACUCAAUGCUCUAAUAGAUGGAUAAAAUCGCUUCACCCAACCAGGCAAAGAGUGGGUAGAUGGACGCAUGAUGAAGAUAAGCGCUUGAAAGUGGCUGUGAUGCUUUUUGGGCCAAAAAAUUGGAGAAAAAUAGCUGAAGUUAUUCCUGGUCGAACUCAAGUGCAAUGUAGAGAAAGGUGGGUCAACUCUUUAGAUCCGGCUUUGAAUUUGGGCAGAUGGACUAAAGAAGAGGACUUGAGGCUGGAAGCAGCUAUUGAAGAACAUGGAUGUUGCUGGUCAAAGGUUGCCGCAUGUAUGCCUUCACGAACUGAUAAUCAGUGUUGGAGGAGGUGGAAGACAUUGCAUCCAAAAGCAGUGCCUUUGCUUCAAGAGGCUAGAAGAAUACGUAAAGCUACUCUUAUAUCUAACUUUGUAGAUCGGGAAUCUGAGCGUCCUGCCCUUGGCCCUAAUGACUUUUAUAUGCCAUUACUUUUGACAAAUUCAACUGCUGAACCUGAAAAUACAAAUCUUCCAAGUAAAGGAAAAAGGAAAGAAAGCAGGUCAGAAUCUGAGAAGGAAAACGAUGCAACAUUAAGGCAAUUCUCCGAACAGAGGACACGCAAAAGUUGUAGAAAAGGAGCUCAAGCGUGUUCUUCUGAAGUUCCAGGGAUGAUGCACGAGAAUGAGGCUGAGGCUGCUAAUGGCCAUGAUGCUGAUAGGAAGAAACGAAGAAACCCACAUUCAGGGAAUAAUAAUUGUAUUGAACCAGCACAAGGUGUGGCCUAUCCAAAGAAAAGAAAGAGAAAACCACCAUCAGGGAGUAAUAAUUGUACUGAAUCAGUACAAGAUGUUGUCAUUCAAAGGAAAAGGAGAAGAAAACCACCUUCAGGAAAUAAUAAUUGCAGUGACUCAGUGCAGGAUGAUGCUGUUCAGACAGAGAAAAGAAAACAACAGUCAGAAAGUAAUAAAUGCAUUGAACCAAUGCAGGAUAAUUCGUCAUCUCAUUCACUUUCAACAUUGUGUGUGACCACCAAUAAUGAGGCUGAAUCAUUUGGUCAUAGUCUUACUAUAAAGAGGGAAAAACAUCCCAAACCAUCACCAAAACAGUGUUCCAAGAAGAGGGUACAUACUGAAUUUGGCGAAGAACAGAGUUCUGUCUGUUCUGAGGAUUCUGAGUUUUCAGGAGCUACUGGUGGUGCUGAAAUGAUGCACAAUAAUGGUGUAGAAGUUGAUAUUCUUGGUGUGGAUGAUGCUUCUGGAAAGAAGAGUAUUGCUAAACCGGGAUCAAAGAGGAAAACGUGCAUGAAUUUAUCAACCUCUCAAAGUUCAAGGAUUAUUAGUGCUGAAGAUUUUGAGAACCUUCCAUCAAGUAAAAAGGUGGAGAAGAGGGGAAAUAGUUCUCUAAGGCAGCACAGCAGGAGCAGAAAGAGCAGUGAGCUGUCUGGAGCUAAAGAUGACAUUACGCUUGCCUCUUUUCUGCAAGAUAAAUUGAAGAAAAGCAUUCCAUCAUUUGCAGAUGGAGAUGAGGUGAAGCUUGCUGGCUUUCUUCGCAAUAAAUCGAAGAACAGAAGGCAUCAAAUUUCUGAAAAUGCGCAUUUAUCUAUUAUGAAAGGAGCGGAGCAACGUGACAAGACAAAUCAAAUACAAUUUGGUUUGCAACAUUGUGAAGCUAAAACUAACUGUGAUGGAGUAAUUCCUGAAAAUUCUAUGUUCCGCAGCAGUUUGAAGCAAACUAUAAUGUCUAGUGACAUGAACAUUGUGGGAGAUGGCAUUGUAAAUGACACUGUUGCUUGCCAUGAAGUUGUGAGAGAACCAGAAAGGAUUGAUCAGGAUGGUAAUUGUGAGGCUGAUGGCAUCACUCUUGUGCAGUUGCGCAAGAGAUUAAAGAAGAGGGGGCCAGCUUCCUCUUGUAUGAGAAGGGAAUCUGAGCUGCCUUCCAAUGGAUGAACAAAGGCACAAUGAUUAGUUGCUGUUGCCCUCCACUAGGCUGUGAAAAUUUUGCAUGUAGGUACAUUACAUAGUACAUUGUGCAGAGAGGAAAUGAGAUGGGAAUUUUGCAUUAUAGGAUGUCGCACUGGUCCCCCAGUUUUGUAAUUAGAUUAUUUUUGAUCCUUGGGCUUAGGCCAGCCGAUCCCCGAUAUGAAGAAAAAGAGAAAGUAAAGAAGUAAAAUUAUACAGCCAAAUGUAUACUCAACAUUUUGUUAUCCUACCAAAUGAUAUGAUGCAGUGUCAUCUUAUUCCUGUUUA